CUAAAACUAAGCUAAAUGGUUACCAAGAAUUACAACGAUUUCUCGAGUGAAGUUGUGGAAAUGGCUUGGAUUAUGCUCAGCGUCGAUUACUCUAGACUUUUUGGUUAUUGUUUGGAGUUUUUUCGUAUGAAAAUCAUGAUGGAUAGCCUCGGAUCGUAUAACACCUUGACCUACUAUUCUUGUUCUUGAAUUAAACAUAUACUCGUAGGUAAAUCGUAUAUUUAGUGUUUUGAAGAUAUAAUUUUUACACAAAGCCCGACAACUUUUGAGGGUCUCUGCUGUUUUGGCUCAUGACAACGUUUAAAACACGUGUUGGGGGAUGUGUUGUUGGCGUUGAAUCUCAGCUUGGAUACGUUGAGACCGAUCCUUCUGGUCGAUAUGGACAUUUCAGGGAGAUUCUGGGUAAAGGAGCAAUGAAGACAGUGUAUAAAGCAUUUGAUGAGGUCCUUGGAAUGGAGGUAGCAUGGAAUCAAGUUAAGCUCUCCCAUUCGCCGGACGAAGUGCAGCGGCUUUAUUCCGAAAUCCACCUCCUCAAGAACCUCAACCACAGUUCCAUCAUGCGGUUAUACACGUCCUGGAUUGAUAUCGACCGAAGAACUUUUAACUUUGUGACCGAGAUGUUCACCUCCGGCACCCUUCGAGAGUACAGGCAGAGGCACCAGUGUGUUGAUACUCGAGCAGUUAAGAACUGGUCUCGCCAAAUCCUACAAGGUCUGGUUUAUCUCCAUGGCCAUGAUCCUCCAGUGAUCCAUAGAGACCUCAAAUGUGAUAACAUCUUUGUCAAUGGUCACACUGGACAAGUUAAGAUCGGCGAUCUUGGAUUGGCUGCAAUUCUUCAGGGCUCACGACAUGCUCAUAGUGUUAUAGGUACACCGGAAUUCAUGGCACCGGAACUGUACCAGGAGGAUUACAACGAGCUUGUUGAUGUAUACUCCUUUGGCAUGUGUGUAUUAGAAAUGCUUACUUCAGAGUAUCCGUAUGUCGAGUGCUUGAAUCCGGCUCAAAUCUACAAGAAAGUGACUUGGGGGAAGUUGCCAGAGGCAUUAUACAGGAUCCAAGAUGAGGAAGCUAGGAGGUUCAUCGUGAAGUGUCUCAACCACGUUUCAAAGAGAGUGCCUGCUCACGAGCUCUUGCUCGAUCCGUUUUUGACCUCUGGUGAUGGGAAUUUGCUGCCGCCAGUUGCUGAGCUAGUGCCUUCGAUGCCAGCUCAUCCUAUAAGGACUACGAACAUGUCAAUAACUGGCACAAGGGACCCUGCAGAUGACACAAUUUUUCUCAAAAUACAGAUUACAGAGAAGGAAGGUCAUGCUCGGAACAUCUACUUUCCCUUCGACAUUGUAAACGACACCGCGAUCGUCGUUGCCUUGGAGAUGGUGAAAGAAUUAGAGAUCAACGACUGGGAGCCACUGGAGAUUGCUGAUAUGAUAGAGGAGGAGAUCUCUUCCCUUAUCCCAACUCGGAAGGACUUGGGAUCCUUCCAAGUCGAUCAUCAGCACACCUUCAAAUACGAAGACGAUAAUUACGAUGUUGAUCAUGACGGAAUCCACCAUCCGUUUUACGCUGCAUCAUCCUGUUCUUCGUCCCAGAUCUCUCUCUCGGCACUCCUUUCAUCGUAUGAAACACGAAAUCCUCAUGGUAAAAACGUAACAUCUGGUGGCAGUGUAUCUAACAAUGAUGAUGCAAGCUCAAGUUGCUCCAUGAACUCGUUCCAAUACUCCAGCAUGAGCUACGAAGAAGACAAGUUAGAUUCGAGUCUCCAACAAGGCGAGCAUUCCGGCAUCCUGAAGACCCUGAAAUCAACAAGAUUCUGUCCCUCAGAGAGUACAAGCUCUUACAACUACAAACAAUGCGACCCGCAGCUUCAUUCACGGAAAUCUUCAAACUUAAAUGGCCAGCGAAAGCUAACAAAGAUCCGUUCACUCAUCGACAUACGUAGCCAGUUUCUGCACCGAUACGUAGUGGCAGAGGUAAAUAAAAGGCGGUUGUUCAACACUGUCGGAGACGUCGAGAACAUCGGAUUUCAGUAUCCCACAGAGGGUUCAAGUAGCAGCCUGAAUCCAAGGAUUUCAAGAUCCUGAUCGUGGGGGAUUUAGCUUGUUAAGAUCCCAUUCCAUAACUAUCUGUGUGUGUAUU